AACUGAAGUUCUCAGUCAGGUGUUCUGUGGAACUCGGGGAUAUAAUCUGAAUAUUGAGAGUAUUUGAGGAGGAUCUGAUGUAGGUUCUCUCAGUCAGUCAUGGAACAGGAGAGAUCAGUGAAUGGAGCAGCUCUGGUUCUGGUUCUGGUUCUGGUUCUGGUUCUGGUUCUCACCCCGGGCUUUCACUCCCAGGUUUGGGGUUUGCAGUGGUCACCUGAUGGGGAUGUGAGUUUGGGUUCGGGCUCAGUAAGUGUGGAUGUGGACGUUUCCCGUGUGGACAGGAAGGUGGAUGAGAGGUUCCUCUCUCUGGCUUUAGAUGCCAGUCUGGUGGACCAGGAGAAGUUCAUGAACCUGCUGGGGUCCCCAAAGCUGAGGACCCUGGCGAAAGCCCUGACCCCGGCGUUCCUGCGCUUUGGAGGAACUAAACAAGAUUUUAUGAUGUUCACCCCACAAAGUAAAAAGGACUUGGGGAAGCGCUUCAGCAUGAGAUCUCCUCAUCAUCCAGAACGCUGGUGUGGUAGAUUUGAGCUGCCGUCGUGGUUGGAGGAGAAACUGAAGCGAGAAUGGGCCGUGCAGUCCUUGUUCCUACGUGAAGAGGACGUACGACGAAAAUACAAGCAGGUCCAGUUCUCUGAAUAUGCAGUGGAUCUUCUGCACUCGUUUGCUGACUGUUCCGGAUUGGACUUGAUCUUCGGGUUGAACGCGCUGCUCAGGACGUCCGAUAACGUGUGGAACAGCACGAACGCCGAGCUGCUGAUCGAUUACUGCCGGUCCCGACGGUACGACAUGUCCUGGGAGCUCGGGAACGAACCGAACAGCUACGAGAAGAAAGCCGGGAUCAGAGUGGACGGGUCUCAGCUGGGCCGAGAUUUUAUUCAUCUGCGCAAAAUCCUGCGGGAAUCUGAGCGACUGUACGGUCCGGACAUCGGUCAGCCACGCGACCACCGCAAAGAUCUGCUCACAGGGUUCUUGGAGAACGCAGGAGAAGCCAUCGACGCUUGUACCUGGCACCAUUAUUACGUCAACGGUAGGGACACGACUCUGGACGAUUUCCUGGACCCGGACGUGCUCGAUACGCUGGCGGAUAAAAUCGACGAGGUUCUUGAGGUCGUGGGUUCUGUGUCUCCCGGGAAGAAAGUGUGGCUGGGCGAGACGAGUUCGGCGUACGGUGGGGGUGCGGCCGGACUCUCGGACACUUUCGCCGCCGGAUUUAUGUGGCUGGAUAAACUCGGACUCGCCGCGAGGCUGGGAUUGGACGUCGUCAUCAGACAGGUUUUGUUGGGCGCUGGAACAUACCAUCUAGUGGACGAUAAUCUCGAUCCUCUUCCGGAUUACUGGCUCUCGCUGCUCUAUAAGAGGCUCGUAGGACCCGAGGUGCUGAAAAUCCGGGUUUCGGCGGAUCCCGGGGCGCGGCCGGGGUUGUUCCGGGCGUACCUCCACUGCACCCGCAGGAACAGUUCUAGUUACAGACCGGGCGCGGUCACUCUGUUCGCCCUGAAUCUGAGCAAGAGAGGAACCGGCAUCGUUCUGCCGGCGCGCUUCACCAACAGCAGCGUGGAGGCGUUUGUGCUGCAGGCUGCCGAACCCGGGGAGGACGGACUCCGCUCCAGGGCGGUUACGCUGAACGGCGUGCUGGUGCAGAUGGUGGACGACCGGACCCUGCCUGACCUCCGGGGGGCCGAGGUGCCCGCCGGAGGGCGUCUCGGGCUCCCCGCGCUGUCCUUCGCCUUCUACGUGGUGAAAGACGCCGGCGCUCCCGUGUGCUGAUGGAACUCCAGAACUGCGGAGCGGAAUCUUGAACACUACGCUGGAACCUCUGCUCACUUAUAACAUUAAACACGGACAGAAGUAUUCGGACGCCCUUUCUAAUUUGAAUUAAGGACAGUUGUAGCCUGGUGGUUAGAAUACUGAACUAGUAAUCGAAAGGUUGCUGGUUUAAGCCCCACCACUGCCAGGUUGCCACUGUUGGGCCCUUAAGCAUGGCCCUUGACCCUUAUUUGCUGUUACAGUACUGGCCACAGCAGGUGUCAUAAAUCAAUGAUAUAAAGGAAAUGACAUGCUUCAUGAUAUGCAGCAACAGUUUAGGGAAGGUCCCCAUGCACAAAGCCCCACCCUGAGCCUCAGCCCCACUCUACAGCUCUGGGAUGAACAAGGAACAUCAACUGAUCAAUCAGCGUCCAACCAUACAAACGAGCACAAAUUCCCACAGACGUGCUUCAAAAUCUAGUAAGACGCCUCUCAGAGCAUCUGUUGUUCUAGCUGAAUAGAUCACAUGUAUCGUGAUGUUCAGCCAGCUCAUGCUCAGGUGUCCAAAUACUUUUGACCAUAUAUUUCAGGGUUUAUGGGUGUGUGAGUGUGAAUAAUCGACUCGGGUUCAGUUUUAUUACGUUUUUUACACACAGUUACAGUUACUGAUAAAUAUUAUAUUUUGAUUUAUAAUGUAAAUAUUUAUGAUGUAUAAAUUAUUAUUAUUGCCAAAUGUAAAUAAAACAUCACCAUGGAAACCA